AUGAUUUCAAAAAGCAAAACAUUAAAAAAAAAUUUAACUACAAAAAACUAUGUCAAUUCAAUGAUUGAUUAUACUUCAUACAAAUAUUUGGAUAUACAAAAAAAAUGGAUUAUUUGCGAAGGAUAUUUACAUUAUCGUUAUGAUCAAAUUAAAUUAUUAAAUCUUUCACGAUUUGCAAAUUAUUAUGUUGUUUUAGCAAAAAUUCCAAUUGAAGAUGAUAAACCAAUUUUUGUAAUGUAUUUAUAUGGAAAUCAAAAACAAAAACCAUUCAAAUUUUUUCAAUUAGAUGAAUAUGAAAGAAUAUCUGAUCAAUGUUCAAAACCAAUAGAAUCUAAAUAUGUUUUAUUCGAAUUAAUUGGAAAAGAUAAAAGUGAUAUUGAAGUUUUUGGUGCUAAUAAUUCUGAUGAACGAGACAAAUGGAUUAAAUAUAUUCAUCAAAUAUUAAAUCGGACAAAUCACAAUUUUAUUUCGAAUGAUUCAACUCAACGGAUAAUCAAUAAUGAAUAUCAUACACAAGAAGAACGACAUUCAAGUUUGUCUGAAUCAAAUAGUACGUCUAUUUUACGUCAUCGUCCUCCACCUCCAAUACCAGACGAAAGAUAUUUGAAAUUAAAUGAAAAUAAUCAAAGAGAAAUUCAACGAUGCCAUCGUUCUGCGAGUUCUCCAACGGCAGAUAAUAUUUAUCUUUCAGUAACAAAAAGUUCCCAAUGUUUUAUUAAAGGAUAUUAUGAAACAAAUACUAAAUCUCAGUCAAAUCUUGAAAUAGAGACAGAAAAAGAUAAUUCAACAUCAUUAGAAGAUAAAUCAUUUACAUGGGCUGAUAUUUUUUAUGCAAAUGAACGCAAUGAUCAUGCCAAUAUUCUGAAUACAAUUUGUCAAAUUGGAGCUUUUCUUGUUCGACCUCAUUCCAUAAAAAGUAAUUCAAAUCAUCAUGAUCAUACAUUAAGUAUUUAUGCAUAUGGAGAAAUAAUUAAAUAUAAAAUUUUAAUUUUAUCGAAUGGUAAAUAUAGUUUAGUAACUAAUAAUAGUCAACCAUGUUUUUUUACAAUUCCUGAUCUUUGUCAAUAUUAUACAAAUCAUGAAUUACCACGUUCAACAUUACGAGUCAAUUCAAUAAAAGAAACUGUUGAAAAUAUUUAUCUUGAACGGCCAUAUACUUAUUAUGCAUAUCAUUAG